AUGACAGGAGCCGGGGAGCCGAGGAGGGAGGAGCCGCCGCCGUGCGCUGGGCUGAGGAGCAGAGAGAGCGGGGCGCCGAGUGCGGGCGGCUGGGAGCGCGCUGAGCGGGGGAGAGGCGCUGCCGCACGGCCGGCCACAGGACCACCUCCCCGGAGAAAAGGGCCUCUUUAUGGCAUGUGGCUGGUAACUUUCCUCCUGCUCCUGGACUCUUUACACAAAGCCCGCCCUGAAGAUGUUGGCACCAGCCUCUACUUUGUAAAUGACUCCCUGCAGCACGUAACCUUCUCCAGCUCUGUGGGUGUGGUGGUGCCCUGCCCGGCCGCUGGAUCCCCCAGUGCGGCUCUUCGAUGGUACCUGGCCACGGGGGACGACAUCUACGAUGUGCCACACAUCCGGCACGUGCAUGCCAACGGGACUCUGCAGCUCUACCCUUUCUCCCCCUCCGCCUUCAAUAGCUUUAUCCACGACAAUGACUAUUUCUGCACCGCAGAGAAUGCAGCCGGCAAGAUCCGGAGCCCUAACAUUCGCAUCAAAGCAGUUUUCAGGGAACCCUACACCGUCCGGGUGGAGGAUCAAAGGUCAAUGCGUGGCAACGUGGCUGUCUUUAAGUGCCUCAUCCCCUCUUCAGUGCAGGAAUACGUUAGCGUCGUGUCUUGGGAGAAAGACACAGUCUCCAUCACUCCAGGUAGGGAAUCAUGCAUGGGUGGUGGCUGACAGAGCUGCCCGGGUGGUGGAUGGUGCCUGAAUUGGUCUACGAUCUGAACAAGAUGGUGACAAUGGCUUUAGGGAUCGAUCUGCUACUGUCCUGAGAAGUUUUGGCAAAUGGUCACCUUUGGUGUUCAUUUGAUCAUCUCUGUGUGGAAUGGUGAAGUCCCUGUGCUGAGGCCUGUGCUAUCUACGAAGGUUCUACAGACACAGGGUGGGGCUGCCAUUGAUCCCUGGGGCUCCUUUUGAACUUGCCCUGGCUUAUGAGAGCCUUCGGCAAGCUCACCUUUGAAUCGUGGUAAGGAAAGGCAGGGCACAUUUGUGCUCUGUGUGUGACUAGGGUAAUGAGUCUGGAGGUUUGGGGAACUGGGCUUAAGGAAGUGUGCAUACAGGAGUUUUACUUCCCCAUGAAUUGGCAGAAGUGUCAUAGGACUUCUCAGUGACUGGUGUUAGAAAGGG